UCCUCAGAUACCAUGACUGCCACUGUACAGCUGCUUCCAUGCAGUUUUAUGGCUGGAAAUAUUCUUUAUGGUGUGGCCAUGGGAAAUCCCCUCUGUAAUCCCUUAGGAAUAGUUCUAUUACCUACUCAGGAGGAUACACCCCAGUCCCAGCCCACCUCCCUUCCUGUUUCAGGUUGACGGGACAAAGACGCCUUUACCGGCCCAGCUGGGACCUGUGGCCAACAUCACCAGGGUGAAAAACAUGGUGACUCUGAAAGCAGGUGCCAACGUGGAGAUCCAGUUUAACGGCCGCCAUGCCUUGUUUGUCCGUGUGGGCCCAGAGUAUCGGGAGCAGCUGUGCGGGAUGUGUGGGAACUUCAAUGGGGAUCGCAGAGAUGAUCUAAUCCUGCCCAAUGGGGAGAGAGCUUCGAACAACGCAGAGUUUGGGAAUGCCUGGACCUCUGACAUCAGCCCACCAAGGUGUAAGAAUGACACUGGCUUCACCGAGCCCUGUCCAAAAUUGUACGAGGUUGAGCAAGCAUGUGGGAUCCUAACAAACCGCACCGGACCAUUUGCUGAGUGUCACUGGCACGAGAGCCCAGCCCCUUACUACGAGGCCUGUGUCUACGACCUCUGCCGGUACGGACCGGGCAAUCACAUGCUGUGUGCAGCCAUCGACUCCUACGAAGAGAUGUGUACUAUUCACGGUGUGAAGAUAGGUAACUGGGGAGAAGCGACUGGCUGUGGUAAGCAAUAA